AUAUAUAUAAACCAGAUACGUAAACAGCGCAGACUGAGCAGAACGCGAGUCGUUUCCAAAAGGUCCAUUUAUGGUGCAACACAAUUAACUGUGAUUGGUCGGACUGUACGAGGAAGCGCAGCUGCCGCUGUUCUUCAAAGUACAGCAAAUGAAAGCACAGGAUAGAGGGAAGUAAGCCUCCUUAGUGAGACUAUUGAUUGGGCCCAGGCCAGGGAAGAUAAAGGAAGCAUCAGGAACACAGAUUGCACAGCUGUCUUCAGUAUUGCUAAUUGUAGAAGAGGAUGGGGGAAGCUGUAGCUAAUGUUGCAAGGAGGAUCAAUGCAACUGUGGAAGAGGAGAAAGACACUCUUGAUUUGUCAAAGUGCAAACUGAUUAACUUCCCAGACGCAGUCUACAAAGUCCUGAGGAGUGUAACAGAGAAGAUACAUGUUAUUACUUUGGCUAAUAACGAGUUUAAGUCAUUGACCAGCAAGUUCAUAACUAACUUCAGUCAACUAAGAGAGUUGAAUUUGGAAGGAAACAACCUGACCAAGCUUCCAGAUGUGAUUGGUACAAUGUUGCACUUAACAACUAUCAACCUGGCUUGGAAUAAAUUCACUGCCUUCCCUGAGAAGCUGACUGACAUCAAGACUCUGGAAAGGAUUAAUCUGGAGGGAAAUGAGAUUACCGAAGUGCCUAUGGAUAAGCUGGCAGCUAUGCCAUCUCUUCAGUUUCUCAAUAUGAAGUCAAAUCCAAUAAAGAAAGAAAAGUUGACUGCCUCCACACUUCCAAUUACAUUUGAGCUGCUGACAACUCCAGAAGACAAUGUUGUUUAAAUGAAUUAAUUACAGAAACCUUAUUAUACUAUGUGAACAGUAGGUUUUGUAAUUACAUUCAAUAGUUUUGCUACUAAAACUAAGUUAUUUUUUUCUUAUUAAUAGUACCCAAGUGGGGUUUGUGUAAAUUCACAUCAGGUAAUUUUGUUAUACAAAUGCAUCGUUUUAUUUUGUAAUGUGUAUAAAUGGAGGCUUGGUGGUCCAGUGGUUAAAGAAAUGGGCUUGUUACCAGGAAGUUCCUGGUUCAGUUCCAGCUCAGCCUCAGACUCAGUGUGUGCUCCAUCCUUCACAUGAGACGUAAAACCAUGGUCCUCUUGUAAGCGACUCUGCACAUUUUCACCUGUUCUAAACUGCUCCAACUGAAUAAGGAUUGGUAAAACAGCCUUGUUGUUCCAAUCCAUGCAGUCACACACUACUCAUUUAUUUAGUGUAUUGUAUUCUAAAUUAUAUAUAUUUUUGAGGGCCCCUCAGAAUCCAAGGGGCCCUGGCUGCAACCCAGAAAGCUCCUGCGUUAAUCCAACCCAGAGUUUAGGCUAUAUCGGCACUGCAUUGCUGCUUUGAAAUGCAUUCUAAAACUAUGCUACUGUAUACUGUUUUUACAAUAAAACCUGUAAUAUACCAAUAGAAUCCCAGUACCCGUACUGUAUUAGUGUUUUUCCAGCAUUAGGAGGAUUCUAUAUUUUUUUAUUGCUAUUUCUGCUUAGCUGUGCUUACUUACUGUUCCAGCAAAACUGUAAGCAGAUACUGCAAAUAGAGUGACCACCCAUCCCUAAUUGGACAGGACAGUCCCUAAAUGUAAAAAGCAAGUCCUGAUCCUGGACUAAAUGCCUCCUGGGUGGAAUUUGUCCUGGAUUCCAAUAUACAGUGCAAUCUUACAGUUUAACACCACAGUCAAACCAUAGCAUUUCUGUUUGGAGCAAAGCCCUGCUGCAUCAUUUUGCAGUGCCUCACACAGUCCCUAGAAUGAUUGACACAUAGACAAUGAUAGACCAUCUAAAUCAUAAAACUAUAUAAUCCCACUAUCAUGUGACUUUUUACACUCACAUUACAUGUACCCCAACAGCCUGACACUGAUUUGCUUUGGUGAUAGCAAACAAAAUACAAUUUGUAGACUAUUUUAAUUUCAGUGUUUUCUUUGUUUAUGCGAAAUGGAUGACUCAAAAAGUUGAAGUGACACUGAUAGUGAUGCUUUGUAAAAGGAAGGAGUACCCUAUAAGGCCUCCUCCACCAAAGCAAAAAAGUAAACACCUGUGCAAUUUAAGAGGAAUGGGUUAUAACCGUCAUACACGUAGAUUAGGAAAAGUGCAAAUGAUUCAGUAAGAGUUUGCUAAUCAAUGCUUUAAAUCCAGUUUGCCUGUGCCUUGUGGUUUACAGCUGAAAGUCUUCUCUGCCAAUUUGUAAGAUACAUUUAAGAAACACCAACUUGCCAGUCUUUCACGGAGUGCCUCAGUGGGAGUUUGUGUUUUCUACAUGCAGCAUUCUAACUAUUCAAAGACCAUUGAAAUGUCCCUAAAAAUGUAAUGUGUUUGCGUAAAAGAUCUCCAUUGUGUUUGCUGCAAAAUGCAUGAGCGAGCUAUCUGUCUGUAUUGCACUAAUUCAUAAUGAAAACUGGAAUUAAUAUAGCUCGUUUCUUAAAACAAGCUGUUUUAUUUCUCAUUUUGGACUAUAAACAGGAUUACAAAAAUAAGAUAGCAUUAUUGACUAGAGUAAAUUCUUUGGAAAUAUGUAGCCUACAAUCUGCUUUUGUCAAAAAUUAAAAAUCACAUCCUCUUA